AUGGAGGUCAACUCCACAGAAGCCAGCAGCAGCUCCCAGGCAGGCACCGGCUGGCUGGAUCUUACCCUUGUCACCUGCACUGAGACGGUGACUUUCACAGAAGUGGGGGCAGAAGAGGAGUGGGGAUCCUUUUACUAUUCCUUUAAGACAGAGCAGCUGGUGACUCUUUGGAUUCUCUUCAUUGUCACAAUUGCUGGAAAUGGCACCGUGCUCUUCUCUACCUGGAGGAGGAAGCGGAAAUCUCGAAUGACCUACUUUGUUACUCAGCUGGCAAUCACAGACUCAUUCACAGGACUCAUCAACAUCAUGACUGACAUCAUCUGGCGCUACACUGGAGAUUUUAUGGCCCCUGAUAUCGUUUGCAGGAUCGUUCGCUACUUCCAGGUGGUCCUUCUCUAUGCCUCGACUUACGUCCUCGUKUCACUAAGCAUAGACCGCUAUCAUGCCAUAGUUUACCCCAUGAAGUUCUUGCAAGGAGAAAGACAGGCGAAAGUGCUUGUUGGAGUGGCCUGGAGCCUCUCUUUCCUGUUUUCCAUACCAACUCUGAUUAUUUUUGGGAAGCGGCAGCUCUCCAAUGGGGAAGUGCAGUGCUGGGCUAUCUGGCCUGAUGACUCCUACUGGAUCCCCUACAUGACCGUGGUGGCUUUCCUGGUGUAUUUCAUUCCUCUGAUCAUUAUCAGUGUCAUAUACUCAAUUGUGAUUCGAACCAUCUGGAUGAAGAGCAAAGCUCAGGCUGUCAUCAUAUCCAGCUGUCCUGGUGGCAAAACCUCCACUGGCUACACCAGUCGUGGGUUCAUAUCCAGGGCGAAAGUGAAAGCGAUCAAGUACAGCAUUGUAAUCAUCCUUGCAUUYGUUCUCUGUUGGAGCCCUUACUUUCUUUUUGAUAUCCUGGACAACUUCAACAUACUGCCUGAGACCAAAGAGCGCUUCUACGCAUCCGUGAUUAUUCAGAACCUGCCGGCCUUGAACAGCGCCAUCAACCCCCUCAUCUACUGCUUCUUCAGCAACAGCCUCUGCCCCCCUUUCGAGGAAAAAAGAACUCCAAGGCUGGGGGGGACUUUCCGGGAAAGGAGCGACGGAGGGCAGGAGAUGCAGGUGCUGUCCAAACCAGAAUACAUCUAGCACAGACAAUGCUCUGCAAACCCACGCUGGCACCUGUACAGAGGAGAACAGAGGCCCCCACAAGCCCUGUGCACUGUGAAGUGGAUGUUCACUGGCUGGCAAGAGCCUGACUUUAUGCUCUUGUGCACCUUACAGCACAUAUAUUUUGGAUGGGUACCACAGCUUCAUCARUUGCUGCCAGUGCCAGGCUCAGUUUGAAGGGUGUGCAUGCCUCUGUUGUGAGGCUUCUUGACCCUCUGUUUAAAGCAAGCUGUAAUCUACAUGUGCUCCAAACAGCAAAAAUAAUUGUAAAUGGUGUCUAGUCAGAGUCUUCUCUAUUUUUCAGGAGCGGCUAAAAGCCAUCUACUGUACCAUCUGGCUCAUAUAAUAGAGUGUUUGCAAGUAAUUACAGAGCAAGGACCCCAGUUAAAAUGAAAACACAGGCACUUUUCCCARUGAGAACACACCAUUGUCACUCUAUGAAAUUAUAUGCAGAACCACUUACAAAGUCAUUGCCAGAGAAGCUGGGAAUGGAGGGCUGGGAUACUGCCUGCCACCUCUCCUGGCCCAGCUUCUCAGCUCACACCAGCUGCACUGCCUCUGUAGCUCUUCCUCUGCUUCCAGUGUGAUAUUUCCCUGCUGUCCAACCUUGGCACAUUGGUGCAUCCCAAAUCCCAAGAGGGCUCACACAUGAUACAUCUGGACAGCCAUUUAUUUCUGGCUACUAUCAAAAUGUUCACCAGCCCCUCCCAGACCCCAUGGAGCAUCCCAC